AUGCAAGGUAAUACAACACUCUCUGCUCUGAAGGGGAGUACAAUCACAAGUGUCGGAGAACUUCAGGGAUAUAUUAAUUAUAAUUGUAGGAAAAAGUAUUUCUCUAGUAUCACGGAAAUGUGUGAGACUUUUCUCACGAGAGGAGAAGAUCCAGUGAUUAGAUUGUGGCACUCUUAUAGUCAUUGUAUGCAAGGAAAUUUAACUGAAGCAAUAAAGGGAUACAACACGAUUAAGGAAAGAAAGGAGGUACAAUUAGCUGCGUAUAUUGGUUUGAUUUUUGCUCACGAACAAUCAGCUCACCAAGAUGAACAAGAAAUUGAAAAUUUAAAGACUUUUGUUGAAAUGGAAAAAGGAUCAGCUCAAAACUCUGCCAAACUUCAAGCAGCCAUGUUGUAUUUGCACAUGAGUGAAUUUGAUGAGGCAAGAAGUUUAUUGGAAGAUGAAAUUGAACUUGUGGAUUGUGAACAAUUGUUUGAUGCUUGUAUUAAAUUUGAUCCUAAAAAUGUGGAUGCUCUUAUGGGAAAAGUUUACAAUGCUGAAAAACAAAACAAGAUUCAACAGGCUAUUGAUAUUUGCAGUCAAGUCAGUUUAAGUUUUCCAAACUUCGUUCCUGCUCUGACUGAAAAAUGUGGAUUAUUAAUGCAAAUUGAUGAUUGGAACCAAUGCAGGGAUACAGCUCUGAGAAUUCAAAAACAAGAUCCUUCCAACGUUGAUGCCAUGUAUAUUAAUUUAUUAUUCUAUUUUGUUAAAGGAUCGCAAUAUGAGGAUCUUGUGAACCAGUUUAACGAAUUAUUCAAAUCAAUUACAAAGAAGGAAUCCAAGAAUGAUAAAUUAUGCUUCACUUUGGCUAAGACCUUCUACUCACUGACAGAAGGAAGGGAAGAACUGCUGAAGAGAUGUCUCGAUUUAUUGAAUUUGGCAAAGAAGGCAAAUCCUAUUGAGGCAGACUAUUUCAUUCUUCAAGGUUAUAUUCAAUUGACUAUGAGAGAUUUUAUCAAUUCGGAAACCUCAUUCAGAAAGGCAUUGGAACUCAAUGAAAGUAGUAUUGAAGCUAAUAAGGGGUUAUAUAAGUGUUUCAUUCUUCAAAAUAAGAAGGAAAUCGCAACUCAAUACAAGGAUUUCCUUGGAGAUAUUGAAUUGAUGGAAGACGACGAAGAUGAAGUACAAGAAGAUACAACAGAAAGCAGAGCUGAACUCUUAUUCUUGGGAGCUUUAUACGAGCAAAGAUGUAACAAGAAUUCGGAAAACUUUACCAAAUCUCUCAAUGAUGUAUUCUCACUACACGAGAAGGAAAUUAGAGUCAAGAAGAAGGGCUUGGAAUACUAUGCUGCUCUCAAUGCGCAAUUCAUUCUUGAAGUUGUAAAUGAAUUGAUGAGACUGAGUCCAAGUGAGCCUUUAAAUCCAACUGAUCCUCCAACUGAAGAAUUGGUUCUUGCUUCAAGAAUUUUGACAUUCCUUACUGCAGAAGUUUCUGGUCUCAUCCUUCCUCAAUUACUCUUGGCCAAGACCAAGUUUGUUAUGAGAGAUUUUGAAUCAUCCCAAAGAAUUUUAUCCAGAGUUUUACAAUUUGACAAUAAGAGUUCGCAAGCCCACAUCUUGUUGGCCCAAAUUGCCCACCACCAAGAAAACUAUGCUCUCGCCACAACAGAACUUGAAAGAGCUAUCAGUUAUGAUUUCUCAGUAACCAAGCAAUGUGACUACAACCUCUUGAAGGCCAAGGUUUUAGCAGCAAAGGGAGAAACAAAAGAUGCCAUUCAAAACCUUGAAAGAAUUCUCAAAACUGAAAUCACUCAAAGAAAGAUCAGUGACGAUGAAUUGGUUUCAAUUUUCCUUGAACUCUCCUCUAUUCACUCCAGAAGAAACGAAUAUGUUGAAGCUGCCAAGUACAUUGAACAGGCCCUCGAAAAGUUCCAAAGAACAGAACAAGAAGGUCGUAUCAUUAUUGCAAAUGCAAGACUUUCAAUUAGCAGAAAUGAUUUUGAAAGCGCUAUUUCAAUCCUUCAAUCUGUUCCAGCAGAUUCUGGUUAUUUCAUGUUGGCCAAAUCUGAAAUUGCUAGAAUUUACCUCAACAGAAACGAUAAGAGAGCCUAUGCCAAGUGUUACGAAGAACUAGUUGAGAAGGCAACCAAAUCAGCAUCUGGAUAUUUGUGCCUUGGUGAUGCUUACAUGAAGAUCCAAGAACCAGAAAAAGCCAUUGAAGCAUACCAAGAGGCUCUCAGUCUUGAUCAGAAGAAUCUUGCUUUGAGAAAUAAGAUUGCAAAGUCAUUUGUUCUUGUGCACAAUUACGAUGAGGCCAUCUCUUGUUAUAAGGAUGCUAUUGAGAUGGAUCCAAAUAACACUGAUGCAAGAUAUGAAACUGCUCAAUUAUAUUUGAAAUUGAGAAAAUCAAGAGAAUCCGAAGCUGUCCUAAUGGAAUCGAUUGGUGUUCUUGAUAAUAAGAGACUUAAUCACAUUAGUGGUAUGGCCAUGUAUGUUAAGAUUUAUUUGUUGUUGUCCAAAGUUCACAGCAAGAUGGGUGAUCUUAAAGUUGCCAUGACAGAUCUCGAGCAAGCAAAGUCUAUGCAAGUUAAAAUUCUUUCCAGAUUACAAAACUCUCAACAAGAUACUCUCUAUUCAGAAAAACAAAUUACUGCCAAGAUUUGCUAUGAAUUGGGAGAAUAUCAUUUGAGAUCUGAUACCAAGAAAGCUAUGGCUCUUUUCAGAGAAGGUCUUCAAUACGAUGAAACUCACGAGAAGAGUAUGCUUGCCCUAGCUGAGUUGUCAUUGAAGGAUAAUGAUAUCGAGAGCUGUCACAGCUAUUGCACUAGUUUGUUGAGACUGAAUAAGGCUCACGAACAAGCUACAAUUAUGAUGGCUGAUAUCAUGUUCAGAAAUAACAAAUUUGAAGAUGCUAUCGAACACUUCCAAGCAUUCCUUCAAAACAAGCCAAAUAACUACAAAGCUUUGGUGAAAUUAAUCACUCUAUUGAGAAGAGCUGGUCGAUUGGAACAAGCUGAACAAUUCUUGAUCAAUGCCAAGAACUUCUCACCAAAGGAAGAAUAUGAUCCUGGAUACAAUUAUUGUAAUGGUAUUUAUCAUUUGUACAGAAACAAUGCAAGAGAAUCACUUGUUUGGUUUAACAGAGCUCGUAAGAGUGGUGAAUGGGGAGAAAGUGCUACAGUUCUAAUGAUUGAAACUUACCUCAGUCCAGAAACCACAACAGAAUCUCUCGAUGAAAAUGCGCCAAAGAGAUUAUCGAGCGAAAAUCGUUCAGAAAGUCUCGCUGCUGCAGAGAGAUUAUUGGAAGAGCUCACCACUGUGAACACAUCAACAAUGAAGAAGAAGACCCUCCAAGGUUAUCUUAAAAUUGCUAAAUGUAAAUCAAAGGAAGAAAUUGAAAAGGCCAUUCCUGCAUUUGGUGACAUUCUAUCAGUUGAGACUGAUUAUGUUCCUGCUCUAGUUGCUAUUUCUUAUGCUUUUGAAAGGAGUAAGCAAACAGCUAAGGCUAGACAAAUGUUAAAGAGAAUCUCCAAGAUGGAAGUUAAAACUGGAUGGGAAGAUGAUUUUGAAAGAGGUUGGCUUCUCCUUGCAGAGAUUAAUAUUGCAAGUAGCAAAACCGAUGUAGCUCAGGAACUUAUAAAGAAGGUUCUGGAAAUUAAUAAGUCUUGCUCUAAGGCAUGGGAACUUAACGGUCUUAUUUACGAGAAGGAAGGUCAAUUCCAAGAAGCCGCUGCUUCCUACGACAAGGCAUGGCUCCUUUCAAAUGAAUCUUCUCCAAACGUUGGAUACAAAUUGGCUUUCAAUCUUCUCAAAGCAAAGAGAAACAUUGAAGCCAUUGAUAUUUGUCACAAAGUUCUAUUGAAACAUCCAAAUUAUCCAAAGAUUAAGAAGGAUGUUUUAGAUAAGGCAAGACAAUCUAUCAGGCCUUAA